CAUAACACCGGCAGAACUCUAAAAUUGACUCGAACGUAAGGCUAAAUAUAUAAUGUAAAAAAGAGUCGACUCCAACUGGCAUCCGCUUGUUGCUUCGCUCUUUGGCAUUGUAUGGGAAAGGGCUUCUGUGCAAAAUGGUCAGUAAGCUGCCUGAGCAGUCCGCCCAUCUAGUCAAGCUCGCUCCGUCCAACCAGGUGGCCGUUGCCGUGGUUACCAAUCUCCAGAGACCCCGCUCGACCCCCCGCCGCCGGCCGCUAAUCGCGUUCAUCGUGUUCUCCGGCGACCUGGGCACCUACAUAAGACGCCAGCUGGACCGCCUGGUGGCAAAGGUCUGUGCCCUGUUUCGCUCCUAUCUGGGGGUCGCCUACCGGGAUGUGGCCCUGUCCCCGGACAUGGCCCAAAGGCUGGCGGCGGUGGGCCGAAAGACCUUGGUCCUGGACCUGGACGAGACUCUAGUGCACUCCUGCUACAGCGAUCCGGAGCUCCACGAAAGCGUCAGCUGCAACCAGUUGCCCGCGGACGCGCAGCCCGAUUACUUGCUCAGCGUUUCGAUCGAUGGCCUCGAACCGAUUGCCUUCCGGGUCUUCAAGCGACCACAUGUGGACGUCUUUCUGGACUUUGUGUCCAAGUGGUAUGACCUGGUGAUCUACACGGCCAGCCUGGAGGUGUACGCCGCUCAGGUGGUGGAUCUGCUGGACGCGGGACGUGGCAUGAUGCCGCGACGCUUCUACCGGCAGCACUGUCGCGCCUCCACCUCAACUGUGUCCAAGGAUCUGACCCUGGUCAGUCCGGACAUGCGCGGCACCUUUAUCAUCGACAACUCGCCGUACGCGUACCGCGAUUUUCCGGACAAUGCCGUCCCUAUCAAGACCUUCAUCUACGAUCCCAACGACACGGAGCUGCUCAAGCUGCUGCCUUUCCUCGAUGCCCUUCGCUUUACCAGGGACGUGCGAUCGAUUCUCGGCCGGCGUGUUGUCCACUAGAACUCCGCCUGAGUAAAGGCCAAUUAACUGAGCCAAAUCGCACAAGUAUAUGUCCAACAAUUAAACAACC